AACCAAUAUGAAGACUCUUCAUUUCCUUGUUUCACUUUUUCUACCUUUCUUCUUUCUCUUCUCAUCCUCUCUUUCUCAAUCUCAUCUCCCUAAGCAAUGCCUUGAUGACCAGAGAGCUCAUCUGCUGCAAUUGCAACAUCAUCUUUACUAUGCCCCUAAUUUUACUUUCUCUUCUAAAUUUGAGCUUUGGGAUCUCAACACUCAUUGUUGCUCUUGGGAAGGAGUCACUUGUGAUGCUCUUGGUCAUGUCAUUGAACUUGAUCUUAGUAACAGAAACCUUUCCGGUAGUUUUCACUCCAUUUUCAAUCUCCAUUAUCUUCAACACUUGAAUCUUGCUGGAAACAACUUUAAUACCACUUUGCAUUCUUAUGGGUUUGACAAACUCCAAAAUCUAACCCAUCUCAAUCUUUCAAGCUCAUGUUUCUAUGGCCAAAUUCCAGUGGACAUCUCAUACUUAGCAAGGUUAGUCUCUCUUGAUCUAUCCAAUCAAGAUUCUUGUUAUCUGAGAUACUACACCAUUCUUAACCCAUAUAAUGGCUAUGAUCUAUUGCCUUACGAACUUGAACGACCUCUUAAAUUAGAGAAACCAAACUUCAAGACAUUAAUCAAGAAUUUGAGGUUUCUCACGGAGCUUUAUUUGGAUAGUGUUGACAUUUCAACUCAAAGUACUAAAUGGUGUACAACCACAUCUUUAGUACUUUCCAAUCUGCAUGUGUUGAGUCAGUCAAACUGUGGUUUGAAAGGUCCAUUAUGUUCUUCACUCUCAAGACUCUCUUUUCUUUCCAAACUUAUCUUUGAUGAGAACCCAAUCUCUUAUUUACCUCCCAAUUUCUUGGAAAUUUCCUCUCGUUUGGUUUUUCUCAGUUUAAUGGAUUGCAAUUUGAGUGGCCAUUUUCCAUCUGAAAUUUUCUUAUCGCCAAAAAUUCAAAGCAUUGACAUUUCAAUCAAUGAAUUUCUCAAUGGUCAGUUGCCAGAAUUUUCAGCAAACAACUCUUUACAGAGUUUGUCGCUUUCUUAUACAAAUUUCAGUGGAAAACUACCUGAAUCAAUUGGAAAUCUUAAGUUCCUGACAAAUUUAGAGCUUGAUGAUUGCAAUUUUUUUGGACCUAUUCCAUCCUCAAUAGCAAAUCUUAGUCACCUGGUCAACCUAGAUCUAGGAGGUAACAAGCUUUCUGGAUCAAUACAUUCUUCUUUAUUUACUCUUCCAUCGUUGAAGACCUUGCAUCUUGGAGACAAUCAAUUGGUUGGGAAAAUCGAUGAGUUCCCCAAUGCAUCUUCUUCUUUGAUUCAAGAAUUAAGUAUAGGAAAUAAUUAUUUAACAGGACCAAUCCCAAACUCAAUCCUUCAACUUCCAAGUCUUGAACGACUUUAUAUCGAAAGCAAUAGCUUCAGUUCCAUGAAGCUUGACAUGUUUGUCCAACUCAAGAACUUAAAGGGUCUCGACCUAUUCAACGUAAGCUUGCUAAUUGAAGGCAACAACAGAAGUCUUACUUUUCCCCAAUUAGAGAGCCUAAGCCUAAGUUUAUGCAACCUUACUGAAUUUCCAGAAGUCAUUAAAAGACAAGACAAAUUGAUUUCUCUGGAUCUUUCUGACAAUCAUAUCCAUGGUGUUGUGCCUAAUUGGUUGUGGAAGAGCACUCUUUCAUCAUUAGACCUUUCUUUCAAUGUGAUUGAUUUUCCAAAUCAGCUUCCCUUAACUGAUGCAAACUUCUCUUUCCCGAUGUUGAGGGAAUUGAAUCUGAGAUUCUGUAACAUAAGUGCGUUUCCAGAGUUCUUAAAGAGUCAAGAAAAUUUAGAAGAACUCGACCUUUCAAAUAACAAAAUAAGUGGUGCAAUACCAAACUGGGUGUGGAAGAAACGUUUGCAUUAUCUGUUUCUUGCUAAUAACCAUCUCUCGUCUUUGGACCAACUUUUACCCAAUCAGAGUUUGACUUCUUCAAAAAGCUCCUUGGCUAGACCUAUUUGCAAUUCAAGUCAACUUAUGAUUUUCAAUGCAUCUCAUAACAAUUUGAGCGGCCCGAUUCCAAAUUGCAUAGGUAAAAUGAAUGCUCUUUAUUUGUUGGAUCUGCAAGGAAAUAAUUUCAGUGGAAUGUUACCAAAAUUUUCAAAGGCAACCCACUUAUAUAUUCUCAAAGUUAGUGAGAAUAGACUUGCAGGGAAGUUGCCCAGAUCAUUAGCGGAAUGCAUUCAGCUUGAAGUUUUGGACGUGGGAAGCAACAUGAUGAAUGAUACAUUCCCUUUUUGGUUGCAGAAAUUGCCUUACUUGAAGGUUCUAAUAUUGCGGGAAAACAGAUUUUAUGGUCAAAUUAAACAUUUGAAAUAUAAAUUUGUUUUCCCAAAUUUGGAUGUGUUGGACAUUGCUUCAAACCAGUUUUCUGGUGAACUAUCCAUUGAUUUCCUUCAAGCCAGUCGAUUAAGGUCACUCAAAAUAGGUGGGAAUAAAUUGGAAGGGAGGCUAUCGACAUCAUUAGCCAAUUUCACAGCACUUGAGGUUCUAGACCUUGGAAAUAAUAUGGUUCAUGAUACAUUUCCAUUUUGGUUAGAGAAGCUACCUUCCUUGAAGGUUCUCAUUUUGCGAGCAAACAGAUUCUACGGUACAAUUACAAAAUUCAACUCGAAAAAUGGGUUCCCAAACCUACGCAUAUUAGACAUUGCUUCCAACAAUUUUUCAGGAAACUUAUCCAUUGAAUUUUUGCAAAGCUUGAAGGCAAUGAUGCAGAUAACAAAUGACGACAAAGUUAAGCUGGUUUACAUCGGAGAGCAAUACUAUCAAGAUUCUGUGACAAUUUUCAACAAAGGGAUUGGGUUGUUUUACCAGAAAAUCUUAACCACUCUUACUUGUCUUGACCUUUCCAACAAUAGUUUCCAUGGGAGAAUACCAGAAGAAAUACAAAUGCUGAGGUCACUCAAAGUGCUAAACUUGUCAUAUAAUAGCUUCUCCGCCAAAAUCCCAGUAGCACUUCAAAACCUAAAGGAUCUAGAGUCUUUGGAUCUCUCACAGAAUGACUUGUCAGGGAAAAUUCCUCCACAGCUUACAACUCUAACUUUCCUAGAGGCACUGAACUUGUCUUACAACCCACUUGAAGGGAGCAUACCGCAAGGCAACCAAUUCAGUACAUUUUCAAAUGAUUCUUACCGUGGGAAUCCAAAAUUAUGCGGUCAACCAUUGUCCAAGAAAUGCAAUGAAGUUGGUCUUCUAAUGCCACCGCCUCCAGGGGAAGAGGAACAGUCAUGGUUAUAUGCUAUGUCAAUUUGGAAAAUUUUUUUGAUAGGUUAUGGUAGUGGUUUGGUCGCUAGGCUAUGUAUCGGAUAUACAGUGUUGAAUGAGUUGGGAAACAAAUGGGUUGACAAGUUCAGAAAACAUGGGAAAAGAAACAGAAAAUCUAGAUGACAGUGUCAGAAUUCAUGUAUCAAAGUCAACAGGGAAAUAACCUCUGUCCUUCUAAGCUUCAAGUCAUUACCUGUAAGUGGAGGCAGUGAAUCAUUUUAAGUAGAAAACCACGCAUGGUAUGAUAAAUUGUCCUUUUUUCUUUUGGUUUUUGGGCUAUAUAUUUUAUCAAACCAGUGUUGGGCUUUAGGCUUGAGUGUAAUGGGUGGACCUAUUGGUCCGGGUUGUAGUGCAGCCCGACACUUGUUUUGUAUGAAUUUAUUUAUUUUUUCUAUAAUGGUUUUAUUACUUUAAAAAUGAAUAAAUAAACUAUAAUGAAAGAAAUUAUAUCUUAAAAUAUAGUCUGCUCUCCAAAAUUGACAAACAAUCUAAAACAAUAUAAAUAUGAUAGCUUAUUCAAAUGAUUCUCCCAUUAUGAAACAUUUAAACAAAUUUAUAGAAAUUAGCCGUGUUUUGCCUAAAGAAAAAAAGAAAGAGAAAAUCCAUAUAUUAGAUUUAAAAGACUAUAUAUAACAUUGCAGUGAUGAGACGGUGAGUUUUUGUUGAAGAUAGCUUCCAUGUAGACCAAGGCAGUUCGAGGCAUGCAAGUUGCAGCUGGAGCAUAUGCUACUAUUUUGUUAUUACAGCUAAUGUUUUGUUGCUUAGUUAGAUUUGAACUAAGUUAGUGACAUGCUUGAUGUAAUUAGGUGCUGAUAGAUUGAUAAAUCAACUUUACCAAGAGUGCAAGCAAGGUUUUAUAAGUUUCAAGACUUAGUUAGUGGAGUUAGGUAUGUGUUUAGGUAACAUUUCUCAUUUUGACAAGCUGAUUGCUUGGUAUAUGUAAUGCCAUUGUGCUUUCAUUGAAAUGUAACAAAAUUUUUCAGAAAAA